CCUACUAGUUAAAUAAACCGGAAAGAAAUAUCUUGAACAAACAUACUCAACAACAACACCAAUAACAAAACACUGAAUCGGGAUUUAUUUUAAACCUUGUAAAUAUCAUUUUCUUUUUAUCUUCAAUCAGUCAGUAGACUAUCUAUUUUACUACCAAGAUAUAUUAUGUGCUUUAUCUAUCAAAUUUGGCCGGAUACCAUCAGCAAUAGCCUUCUGUGGAAGAGAACAAACCAACUUCCAGCUGAAGAAGAAAUUAGGAAAAGACGAUGGAAAUGGAUAGGAAAUACAUUACGUAAAUCAUCAAACUGCAUCACGAGACAAGCCCUAAUUUGGAAUCCUGAAGGAAAGCGGAAAAGAGGAAGACCAAAGAACACAUUACGUCGGAUAAUAGAAGCAGAUAUGAAAAGGAUGAAUAGGAACUGGAAGGAGCUGGAAGGGAUUGCCCAGGACAGGGUUGGAUGGAGAAUGCUGGUGAGCGGCUUAUGCUCCUUCACGAGGAGUAACAGGCGUAAGCCAUAUUACCCAAACUACUCUGGUGUUUGUCCUGACGAUUCUCAAUGUGCUAAUAUAACAUGAUAACCUCAAUAGAUGUACAAAAACACAAAGUUCUACAUUGUAUUUAACUGACUGAUCUCCAUCGAACUAUAUCAAUCUUUAUUUAUUUAUAAAAAGUAUCAAGUAAUCAACUGUUCACCAGUUACAAUGGUUU